GUAAAAUGUAUUGUCAGUUCAAUAAUAAAAAUAUUUUUUGAAAUAACUUUAAUAUUUAAAUAUAAAUCGUCACUGAACAUCUAAAUCGCUUAAUUCGGCAUGAAGUUUCUGAGCAUUAAGGAAUUAUUAGCCAUUGGUGAAAUAAUAGUGGGGAGUUUAAGUUUAUACAACUAUUUUCUUACCGAUUUCUAUGACGAGAAAUUAUUGGACUUAACAUUAUUUAAACAUCGUUGCAUUAGCGUUUCACUCAGCUUUUAUUGCUAUUUUAAUGCCUGCGGUACUUGGUUCUGGUUUUCAAAUGUUAAAAUUACAAAAAUGUUAAAUCGUGUACAUAAAGUCUUGGUUUAUCUUAUUUUAAAUAUUUUAUUAAUUGCUACUCACUUUUCGUAUAAAUCGAAUUAUGGUUCUUUAGUUUGGGGUUAUUUUGAUCAACAGAUAUUUUUCGAUGAAAUCGAGCGCAUACGAAGAAGUUUUUAUAUUGUUUUAAUUAUAAUGACUUUGUCGGGCGUUAUUAUAGGUUUUAAUGUCAAUUUUAUACGUUUUCGGGUGGUUCAUUUGUUAAAAAAGAAAAAACGUAAUCAAGUUUAGUGAGAGAAAAUUGGGUAUCUUUCCUGAUUUCUGACAUUUACACUAAAAAUAAAACUUUGUUUCGUUUUGGUUUUAUUAUAUUAAUUAUUAAAUUAUUUUGUUAUUACUUAAAACACAUGUAAUAUUUAUAAAUACAAUAUUAUAAAAUUAAAUAUAUAUAAAAAAUAAAAAAAAAAAACAUCGAAAUUUUAUAAAUAAAAUUCUGUAGUAAAUAGUAUUUGACAUUUUCAU